GAUAUGAUCACCGUCUUUCAGCUGCUGCACGGCGAGAUGGCAGUGGAACCCGAACGGUUCCUGCACAAGAGCACCUCCAACCAAACAAGAGGCCACCAGUGGAAACUGCUCAAGCCCAGAGCGAACACCCUGACACGAAGAAACGCCCUCAGCACAAGAGUGGUCAACGACUGGAACGCCCUGCCGUCCACAGUAGUGUCUGCCACAUCGGUUGUUCAGUUCAAGGCACGACUGGACCGACACUGGGCGAACAAGAUGUACGACAUCCCGAAUCCCUACCAUUAAGAGCCUCGCCUUUACCUGUCACACACGCUCGAUGGGAGCGGGACCUCCAGGCCUAGUGGCCUUAUUACCCGAUAACCGAUAAGGUAAGGUAAGGUAAGGUAAGUUUCUCAUCAUGUCAAAUGGUUUAAUGUUUUUAUAAUUGUAUUUUGCGACAUUUAUAUACAAUAACUUAGGAAAAAUAUUUUUUUUGUAUUCAAAAUGAUCGAAAAAGGAAGAAGAUUAAAAAAACAAAAUAAUUGUAAAGGAAGUUUUUUUUUUCAAUAUGGUAGCGUAGCCCUUCAAUUCCCUUUCCAGAUUCUCCGGCACAAGUGUGUGUUGCUGUGUAUUGAAGGUGGAUUUGGAUGAGGAGGUAGUUUGGUGCAUUUUUAUUAAUUUGGUGAACUUAAAGCACGCAUAACGUUUGAUUUUUCAAAAGGCCUUUGAUAAAAUUACAGAUACCUGCUGUUUUCAAACUAUCUGCAAAAAUGUCUGUAUCAUCAAUAUAUCUCUUAGACUCCAAAGGGAAGGUACUGAUAUCCAGGAACUACAGAGGUGACAUCGAGCCCAGUGUUAUAGACAAGUUUAUGCCCCUGCUAAUGGACCGAGAAGAAGAAGGGAACAUGUCACCGAUUAUACAGACGAGUGGCUGCACGUUCAUGUACAUCAAGCACAGCAACGUGUACGUGGUCAGCACGACGCGGAAGAACGCCAACGUCAGCCUGGUGUUCGUGUUCCUGCACCGCCUGGUUCAGGUGUUUGAGCACUACUUCAAGGAGCUGGAGGAGGAGAGCCUGCGGGACAACUUCGUCAUCGUGUACGAGCUGCUGGACGAGCUGAACGACUUCGGUUUCCCGCAGACCACUGACAGCAAAAUCCUCCAGGAGUACAUCACCCAGGAGAGUCACAAACUGGAGGUGGCGCCCCGGCCUCCGAUGGCCGUCACUAACGCCGUCCACUGGCGCUCCGAGGGCAUCAAGUACAGAAAGAACGAGGUCUUCCUGGACGUCAUCGAGUCGGUCAACUUGCUGGCCAACUCGAACGGUAACGUACUGCGCAGUGAGAUCGUGGGCAGCAUCAAGAUGCGUGUCUACCUGUCCGGCAUGCCCGAGCUGCGGCUGGGUCUCAACGACAAGGUUCUCUUCGAGAGCACUGGACGCGGCAAGAGCAAGUCGGUCGAGCUGGAGGACACCAAGUUCCACCAGUGUGUCAGGCUGUCCAGGUUCGAAAACGACCGCACCAUCUCGUUCAUCCCGCCCGACGGCGACUUCGAGCUCAUGUCCUACCGGCUCAACACGCACGUGAAGCCGCUCAUAUGGAUCGAGUCGGUCAUCGAGCGCCACGCGCACAGCCGCGUCGAGUACAUGGUCAAGGCCAAGUCGCAGUUCAAGCGCCGCUCGACGGCCAACAACGUCGAGAUCAUCAUCCCCGUGCCGACUGACGCCGACUCGCCAAAGUUCAAGACGACCAUUGGCAGCGUCAAAUACGUGCCCGAGAAAACCUGCAUCGUAUGGAGCAUCAAAUCGUUCCCGGGCGGCAAGGAGUACCUGAUGCGGGCCCACUUUGGUCUGCCGAGCGUGGUGGCGGAGGAGGUGGACGGCCGGCCGCCCAUCAACGUGCGGUUCGAGAUCCCCUACUUCACCACCUCGGGCAUUCAGGUGCGGUACCUGAAGAUUAUCGAGAAGAGCGGCUACCAGGCGCUGCCCUGGGUACGCUACAUCACACAGAACGGAGACUACCAGCUGAGGACGCAGUGAUGAUCGUCCGAGAACCCCCUGUGACACACCCUCCCGUCCCUGACCGGCCCCAGCACAGCCGGCCGCCGAGACCCGGCACACCCGUCAUCUGUGGUACCGUACUGUAACGGUACAAAUGUACUCUGCACUGUAUUGAACCGCAGCGGCAACACAGCUGGAGAGUCCGCGGAGAAUGCGUGAGCAGGUGGUGGGUGCUGGAUAAACUGUGAAUGUGUGUCGUGGGUCGUGAGUGAUGAGUCGUGAAUCGUGAGCCGUGAGCCAGGCAGAAUCUGAUGAGGCCGCGGGGCUUUGGUAUCGAUUGUUUUCGAACGGUUGAGAUUGUGAGACUGGUGAGAGAUGGGAGAAGCAUUCCGCGGUUGGUCCGUUAUAUGUCCGUGUGUGUUAAUUUUAACCAAAUAUAUUCAGUGUCUUGGUCGUG